CGAUCAGUCUCCCUCGAGUCGCGUGUCGCUUCGACAGCAUUCGCAUUAGGUAAUCGUGGUGAAUAACGUACGUUCGCGAAUGUUAUUGUACUGCUCGCCGUUCCGUCUUGGUCCAAUUUCCCAUCGCUUCUGUGCGAUCUUGGACGCGACCGCAUUUGAAGAUAUCAGUAGACGAACAGGCGCGACGUUUCCCGCGCAAAAUCAAGUUUCGCGAAAAGCCGCAAGAUCGAGGUGGACUACAGCGAUACAGUUCGAUCGAUGAGAUAUCGAAUAAAGGAAGAUUCGCGAGACGAAUCGUGCGAGCAAGAACUGCUUGCGGUUUUAUCGGUUGGACGUCUUCUAAUAGAGAGCUGGCUUUCGAUCGCUCGGCGUUUAUACGGCCCGAUACACCUGAUACAACAACACCGGAAGAGUCCUAUUGCUCCAGUGCCGGAGCAGAAAGUCUUCCUCCGCUGUUCUCCAGUGCCAGCCUUCCGCGCUACAGCCAACACUAUUAUUGCAGUGUAAUCUAAAUUUAGGCGAGAACGCGUGCUUGACGUAAAUCGCGCCGCUCUUUUUAUUCCGAUUGAACGUGCCUCCGUGUCCACGACCGUUACGUGCUGGCACUCACGAAGAUAUUCGCAUUAUGAAGAAGCUCGUAUUGCAAAUUCUUCUUACAUCUUGCGUUCUAGAACUGACGAGAGCCGGUGAUGCCAACAAAUUAUCGGAACAGUUAAAUUAUAAUGGAGCAAGAAGAUCGUAUUGUCCGACAAACGCUUACAUUGAAAAUCAACCAGUUAAUCGAUACGACAGUUCUUUGCAAUUAAGACAAUUGAGAUCUGAAAUGGUUCGCGUGGCAGCAGUUCAAGGACCAGCUCUGGAUGGUUAUAUUGUUACAUCGGACGACGAGCAUCAAAGUGAGACUGUGGAUCCACAUGAUAUGAGAAGAGAAUUCCUUACUGGAUUUACUGGAAGUACUGGAGAAGUUAUUGUCACUAUAGAUAAAGCUGUACUUUGGACUGAUGGUAGAUAUCAUAUUCAAGCAGAUCAUCAAUUAGACUGCAACUGGAUUCUAAUGAAAGAAGGACAAUAUGAUGUACCAUCGAUAGCGGAGUGGUUAAUGCAUGAAUUUCAAAAUCAGACAGAAGUGCGUAUCGGUGCUAAUCCAAAAUUGAUACCUGCAUCCAUAUGGCAGACAUGGAAAGACGAUUUGGAAAAUUCACCCGUAAGAUUGGUCGCAAUCGGUAACGACCUGGUGGACUUGAUCUGGCAGGUGGGUCGGCCUGAGUACAAUCCGCAUGCAGCAUAUCCGCUAACAGAUGAAUAUUCGGGCAAACCAUGGCAGGAGAAGAUCCAACGUAUUCGGCUGGAAAUGGUACUUGAGUCGGCCGAUGCACUCGUCGUCACCGCUCUGGACGAGAUAUCAUGGCUUUUCAACAUCCGCGGCUACGAUCUGCCACACACGCCUGUUCUGAGGUCUUACGCAAUUAUCACUCACGGAUCUGUGCAUCUUUAUGUAUCUCGACAAAAGAUCUUACGGGCUAUUGAUAUACACUUGAAGACCGAUUCCUGCUAUCAUAAGAACUGCGUCAAGUGGCAUAAUUACACAUCUAUUUGGCAUGAUUUGAGGACCAUGUCUCAAGCUUGGAAUACUAUCUGGCUUCCAUCACCUUGCUGCUAUACGUUGGGUGCAUCUAAAGAAAUAUACAAUUCCAUCCCAUCAGAGAAAAGAAUGGCUAAACCUUCACCCAUAAUUGAUCUACGAGCAGAGAAGAAUAAAAUUGAAGCGGCAGGUAUGAGAAAAUCUCAUCUAAAAGACGCAAUAGCAAUGUGCGAUUUCCUGGCUUACAUGGAAGAACAAUACGAAUUUGACUCCGAAGGAUGGGACGAAAUGCAAGUGGCCAGGGUAGCAAAUGAAUUCCGUUACGAGCAAGAUGACAAUAAAGGCAUCUCUUUCCCAACGAUUGUAGGAUAUGGACCGCAUGGUGCUAUGCCGCAUUACGAACCGAUUAAUUUAACUAACAUUAAAAUCGGGACCACGUCCACUUUAGUGGUAGAUUCCGGAGGACAAUACUUAGAUGGUACCACCGAUGUAACCAGAACUCUUCAUUUCGGCGAUCCGACUGAUGAGCAGAAGAAAGCCUAUACGAGAGUAUUAAUAGGUUCAAUUCAAUUGUCAUCUCUGGUUUUUCCCAAUGGUCUAACGACAGGCCAAUUGGAUACUGUCGCACGGGAACCAUUAUGGAACAUCGGUUACGAUUAUAUGCAUGGGACUGGUCAUGGAAUCGGCCACUUCUCUUCAGUUCAUGAAUCGCCUAUCAGCGUGUCAUAUUUUGACAUCAACAAUUUAGUCACUGGAUGUUCUAUCAAGCUGAUGCCAGGUUUUUUCCUAUCCAAUGAACCGGGAUAUUAUAAAGAGGGCGAUUUUGGGGUCCGUUUGGAGAAUAUAAUUGAAGUGAUCCCUGCUAACAAAUCAACACAUGGUAAACAACAAUUUCUGAAAUUCAGAGAUGUUACUCUGGUUCCUUACGAACCGAAACUUAUUGAUGUCGAUAUGUUAACUCCAUUGCACCGACGUUGGCUGAAUAAUUAUAAUAAACGCAUACGGGAAGAAGUUGGUACAGAGUUGAAGAAAAGAUUGAAAAUGAAAGCAUUUUACUGGAUGAUGUUGAAGACUGCAACCAUUCCAGAAAUAAGUUCAAACAGUCAAAGCUUUUUUACUGAUUAUUCUCAUUCGACGCCGUCCGCCUCCAGGCCAUUCCAUAUUUUAGUCGCAAUCAUUGCCGCUUAUCAUGCUAUAGAAAAUUUCACGAAAAUGCACAUCUAAUCUAAAAAGCAGAUUGUUGACAUUGAUUAUCAAAUAUUUUAAAAAAUAUACAUAGUUUUUUUAUUGUAAUAUACACCAUUUCCAAAUGUCAACAUAGAUUAGUAUAUACUUAAUUUAAAAUUAAGAGUGAAACAGAAAUAACAUUUAAUAAAUUAU